AUGAAGGCGCUCCACGUCGCCGUGAUGCGGCGGCAUGCGGGUGUGGUUUCGGAGCUUCUGGCCGCGGGCUGCUCCGCCGUGACUCGUAACGCCCGCGGCUGGGUGCCCAUGAUGGAGGCGAUUGAGCUGGGUGACCGGGAGCUGGCGUUACAGCUUGCAACAGCCGAGGUGGAGCAGAUGCGCGCCCGCGUCAAGUCCAAGAAGGCCGCAGUCCUGGCGCUCCUGCGGUCCGAGCUGCCCGACUUCUCCCUCCAGCUGAAAUGGGAGCUGGGCAGCUCUAUGCCCGGAGUGGGGGCGCUGGUGCGGAGGUACGCCCCGAGUGAUACCUACACGCUGUGGAAGAAGGGGGGCCUUAUCCGGGAAUAUUACCCCACCAUCACCACCACCAGCAGCAGCUACAUGCGCACGAACACACACAAAUUCGAAACACGCGCUCGCAAGCAGAUGGGUGGUGGUGGUGGUGGCAGUGGCAAUGACGAGGGAAGUUGGAGUGGUGGUGGUGGUGGAGGAGGUGGUGGUGGUGGUGAUGGGGACCCGGACUCCCCGACCGCGCUGGAGACGGAAGUGGACGUAUUGCUGUCUUCGGAGGUCCUACAGAGGAAGAAGUUGCGUUCCGUGGAUUUCCGGUUCAAGCCCGUGUCCGGCUGGCUGACCAAGGAGGUCUGGGAGAAGGUGGAGGGGUGGAACUGCAGACUGUACGAGGCGGCGGGUCGCUUGGUGGCGGUGUCGUACUACAAGAUGCCGUACGGCCUCACGCCCGACAUGUCGUACGAUGACUAUUUGGCAGCUACUUUUGAGCCUGACCCCGUUGUCGAGUCCCCGGUGAAUCCCUUAAGUACCAAGCGGGGAGGCAGCAACCCGGCUAAGGCGGCCGCCAAGCUGGCGGUGGCGGCGAAGCACCAGCGAAUUGCAGCAGCUGCGGCGGCAGCCAAGGACGAGAAAGCGGCGCGGGUCGCGAAAGCCGCGGCGGCGCGCGCGGCGGCGAGUGGGCUGCGUGCUCUGGCGCCGGCGCCGCCGUCGGCAACCGCCGCCACUCGAGGAAAACGUGACGCUGAGGAGGGAGGAGGGGAGGACGUCGACGUCGACGCCGAGUUAGCGGAGCACGACGACGACGGCGACGACGACGGCGACGACGGCGGCGUCAUCGGCGGCAUCUUUUCCGGCAAGGAGAGCGGCAGCGGCGGGGCUCAAGGGAAAGGCCGUACAAAAGUACGGAACGCAGUACCUUCCGCCGGACUGGUGCCGGCGGAUGAUGAAAAGGGCCAAGGGCGGCGCGCCGAGGCUGACGCUGUACUGCAGAAACACGUGGUGGUGGCUAAAGCGGAGGCGGCGGCGCCGCCGCCGCCGCGAGCACUCUCCCUGGAGGGCGAAGCGCCGGCAGAAGGAGAGAACGAAGAGGAGGCCGACGGCGGGGGGGACGAUGAGGAGGACAAGGGGUUGGAUGGAGGUGUUGAACAAGAUCUAGCUGAGUUAGAUCUUACAGCUUUGGCGGCUCGUGUGGCGGCGGAGGCGGAGGCAGACGCGCGACGCAGGAGGUCUAAAGACGGCUCGGAGGCGGACGACGACGCCGCUGACGGCGGAGGCGUUUCCGCCGCCGCCGCCGCCGCUGAUGGCGAGGACUCGUCGUUUGCGGCGGGUACGGUAGUCAGCGAACGGGAUGCUUCGUUGGAAGCGGGAUCGAGGACAGAUGCGGCGGCGGCGGCGGCAGGUCCUUCAUCAACGGCGGCGGCGGCGGCAGUGGCGGGCAGCUCGAAGAAGGGAGGAGGGUGGCGGAGCUGGAUCUUUGAACGGAAGACAGCGGGGCCUUCCGCCGCCGCCGCCGCCGCCGCCGUCGGUGGUCGUGCGAAGAGUGCCGCCCCUGCCGCCGCAACUGCUGGCGGCGGCAACAGCACCCGCGCAUCUGCUACGGCUAAGAAGUCAAGGAAGUUCACCGGUCGUUGCUGGAUGGCAGAAUCCUUUCCUCUGAGCCUCAAGCAGGUCGUGGGUACGGCAAACAAAGCGUUUGCCAAAGUGGCGCGUUUUAUGGAAAAGUACGGCGAUCUGGAUAUGUUCCCUGUCAAGGUUCAGGUGCCUCUCAUCCUGACGGUCUACAUGCUGCUCAGCUUCAAGAAGUUUCGGUUGAUUGGGGAGGGACCGGGCAGGGAGCCCGCGCCCCCCGACGACUUCUUCCGACUCCCCCCCGGAUAUGUUGAGGUUCGUGUGAGGUAG